AUGGUUGAGUCCUUUUUGGGAACCUGGAAACUGGUCUCCAGUGAAAAUUUUGAGGAUUACAUGAAAGAACUGGGAGUGAGUCUCGCAACCCGGAACGUGGCCGGGUUAGCGAAGCCGAGUGUCAGUAUCAGUGUUGAUGGGGAUGUGGUAAGCAUCAAAACAGAAAGUUCUUUCAAGAACACUAUGAUCUCCUUCAAGCUGGGGGAAGAGUUUGAAGAAACCACAGCAGACAACCGCAAAGUGAAGAGUAUCAUAACAUUAGAUGGUGACUCAUUGAUUCAGGUCCAAAAGUGGCUCGGCAAAGAGACAACAAUUAAAAGACAAAUUGUAGAUGGGAAAAUGGUGGUGGAAUGUAUCAUGAAUAAUAUUGUCAGCACUAGAGUCUACGAAAAGGUGUGA